CACACACACGGGGGGUUUUUUCGUCGUCUACUACUUGGUCGAUGAAACGCCACAAGUGUUGCUCGUUCAGUUUUCGGUCGACGCCAACAUACACGUUUAGAAGAUCCGCUGCGUCUAAAAAACCAAACGUCUACCCGAAAAAGUGUAUGUAACUUUGUGGCCACCAGAAACCCCCAGCCAUUGUGUGUCAGUGUCUUGUGCCAAGAACGUGUGUAACAUUCGGGUUUCUCUUCGUUCCAGUGAAUUGUUGAUUCUGUGGUGCGUCUUGUGACUUGUAAAAGUGUGUGACUUGAGCAGCCGACGUUCGCCAUUUCACUUCUCUUUGUACGACACACACGUAAACAUGGACAGGCCCAUUUUCCCCCUCAUGCAGUCGGGAACGUUGGAAUUGAGUGGCACGGCCCUGAAACGUUUGGAAGAAUUGAAAAUCGGUGGCAUUGACGUGACAGCCAUGGCUACGAUGGACGCUCUCAAGAUGUUGCGACUCUCUGACGUGGUGAACGGCAACAACAGCAACAGCAACGAUCAGGUGGUUGACGAAUUGACGGAUCUCACUUCUGCCAAAUUGUCGUUGGCCGAAGCCGAGACGGAAGUGGAGUCUCUGUCGGAGCACAGCAGCAGCGGCGACAGCGACAGCGGCUAUGACCUGGGCGGCGACGCUGAUCUCGAAGACGUCAGUUUGGUCUCUACGGCUUCCGUCUCUGGCGGAUCGCUCUCCAGCCGGAGUAGCGUCACUGGCGGAAGCACCGAGUCGCUCCCGCUGGCCGUGGCCCAGCAGACGCAGCAGCUCCAGCAGCAGCAGCAGCUCCAAUUGGCGCAGCAACAGCAACAGCAGCGGUUCGCCGUUUUGAGCUACGAGCAAGUGUCCAGGGUGCACGACGUGAUGAACGAAACGGUCAGCAUCCACGGCCGGGGUAAUUUCCCGACGUUGGAGCUGCGCCUGCGCGACCUGGUGACGCUGGUGCGGGCCAAACUGGAAGCGGACGGCGUGGCUGUCAAGGACAUGCGGAUCAAUGGCGGAGCGGCUUCUUACGUCCUGGCGCUGGAUCGCUGUCAGCCGCAAGCGUACAACGAUUUGGAUCUCAUAUUCGGCGUCGACUUGUCGUCGGCCCGCACCUACGACCGCAUCAAAACGGCGGUGCUGGACUCGCUGCUGGACUUUCUUCCGGCCGGAGUCUCUCGCACGCGCAUGCUCUCGUGCUCUCUGAAGGAGGCGUACGUCUCCAAGAUGGUGAAAGUGACUGAGGGCGAUCGCUGGUCGCUCAUCUCCCUGGGCACCAACCACCGCGGCAAGAACGUGGAACUGAAAUUCGUCCACAAUAUGCGGCGCCAAUUUGAAUUUUCCGUCGACUCGUUCCAGAUCAUUCUCGACUCGCUGGUGCUCUUCUACGACUGCGCCUCUACGAUGCCCAUCAGCGAGUCGUUUUACCCGACGGUGGUGGCCGAGUCUGUGUACGGCGACUUCCGCCAGGCCCACUACCACCUGCACCACAAGAUGAUCGCCACCCGCAAUCCGGAGGAGAUCCGCGGCGGCGGAUUGCUCAAGUAUUGCAACUUGCUGGUCAAGGACUACCGCCCGGCCGAUCCCGACCAGAUCAAGACGUUUGAGCGCUACAUGUGCUCUAGGUUCUUUAUCGACUUUCCAGACGUUGGCCAGCAGCGGCUCAAACUCGACAACUACCUAUGGAACCACUUUGUCGGAGCUGACGAAGCCCUCAAGUACGACUAUCUCAUGAUCCUUUACAGCGUUGUAGACGAGUCCACCGUCUGUCUGAUGGGCCACGAGCGGCGGCAGACCCUGUCGCUCAUCGAGGAGCUGGCCUAUCAGGCCUAUUACGCUGACCAGCACCACCAACAGCAACAACAUCACCACCAGCAGCAGAUGCAACAACAACAGCAGCAGCAGCAACAGCAAAGUCAUCCGCCCAGCUAUGGCCACGCUCCCGUCUAUGAGGUGCGCAUUUCUGGCUGCCAACCGACAGUGGUCUAUUCCAGCAACGGUGGAUACUUUUACGCUCCUGCGGCUCCUCCGCCGACGUCGCUGCCUCCUCCUUCGACGACGAGCACUCCUCCUCCUUCAUCUCCUGCCAGCAGCAACAGCAGCAGCAGCAACAACACUUCAGCAGUGGUGACGACGACAGGAGCCAGCGUUCCAGCUCUUUCUCCCUCGGCCACUCCCUGCUAUCCGUGCUCACCUCCUUGCGCUUGCCCCUGCGCGUGGAUGACUUGCUCCUAAAUGGCGGAGAAUAGAGAGAGAGGGAGAAAGGACAUCCAACACCACCACCACAAUCAUCUGUGUUGUUGCCCCUCGGAGGUUUAUUUCUUCCUUUUUUCCCCCUUUUUUCUUCAUUCCGUCUCGAAGACGAGCAGAGGAGGUUGUUUGGCUUUUUCACUCUCUCCUCAUCCUUGUUUUUUGGCCUCUACAUGUCUGGAAAUUCAACACUUCACACGUCGUGACGCCUGGUGUGUGUUUACACGCAAGUGGAUUUAUGUUCCUCCUUUUUUUUCGUCCCUACGCCGACAAACUAUCGUGUCGUGUCGUUUUUCUCCUUUUUCCUUUCAAAAAUGAACCAACAAAAAACUUGUAUUAAAAACAAAACUCAUACAAAAAAAAAGAUAAAGAAAUAUCGACCUUUCCAACCCCCCAAACUUUAUUUUCAACCCCACCACCAUAUAAUAGAUUAUAGGAAAAAUAUUUUUUUCUCUAUCUCUCUCCAGUGUAGAUAUAAUCCAGCCCGUAGGCAACCGACAUCACACAUUUAAUCACCCUCAAAAAAAAAUUUAAAAAAAUAUUACAAAAAAAAAAACUUGGAAAAAAUCUAAAAAUUUACAAAAAACACCCCCACUGUUGCUGUGUGUGAGUGAGUGUGUGUGUCUACGUUUAACUGUGUGUAUGUGUGUGUGUGCCAAGGCUUUCCCCCCCCUCUCUCUCUAUUUCUAUUACAGUCCUUCUCUACAUGUCUGGCUCACUUUAAAAUUAGUUCUGUUCCAACUCAUAUUAUUUUUUUUUUGUUUGGUUGUUUACCAUUUACGACGAGGUCGUCUAGGUAGCAUCUCUUUUGUGUUAUUCUUUUUUGGUCGAGUCCGAGACACACACAACUUUCCCUUUUUUGUUUUCUUGACAGCAUCCUCUCCUUUGUGUGUCUUGUGUCUGUCCCAAGGUGACCCACUUUGUAGGAACACUCUCCCCUUCACCUGUGUAGGAUCCCCAACUGACCUUUCCCUUUUUCUUUAUGAGCGGAAAAUCCUCCUGUCCACAAAUUGAAAAGAGAAAAAAUUAUUCCGUCGAAUUUUGUUUUUUUUUGUUGGAAUUGGAGGGGUUUUCCCAACUGGUUUUUUCCUCCCUCUCUCUACAAAAAAAGAGCUGCUAUAUAUUUGGGGUCGUUUGAAUGUCAGGAUGUGUUUCCCAAUGUUUACGUAUUCUCUCUUUCUUUGGUAGCACCACCACAUUCUCUUUUUUCUUCUUCCUCCAUUCUAUAUUCGUCCUUCGUUUCUUUCUCUUUUUUUGUUUUAAAAUGUGUUUUUCAAGGUUUUCUACUUGAUUGCCAUCAAGUUGAAGACCCAGUACUGUGCAAGAAGACCUCCAAUUCACGCUGAUCUUACCUCCUUCCCGCUCGUGCAGCGGCAUCAGCUGGACAUUGACAAACGAAAAGAAAAAAUUCACAAAAAAUUCCGGAAAAAAAAUUAAGAAAAAAUUUGUUACAAAAUGCACACGAAAAAUGCCGCACGCACACACACACACACUUGGAAUAGUGUUAUUUUUUUCCCCCCAUCUCCGUCUAUCAGAAAAUAGUUGCCGUUUUUGUGUUGUCCGUUUCUCCCGCUCUUCUUUCACUCUCUCUUCCCCCCCCUCAGUAUACAAUUUGCUAUGUGAUUUAUUAUUAAUCUAUUUUUUUAUUAUUAUUUCUCGGAUAACAAUCAAAUAUGGCCGACGUGAUAUAUAUCAGAUCCGAAUCGAUAGCAACAACAACAAAUGUAAACCCGUUUUUAAAUGGAAAAAUCUAGUUUUUUUCUUUAUUUUUGUCAAUUAUUUUCUUUUUCAAUGGAAACGCGCGCGUUCACGUCACGUGAUUUUUCGGCCAAAAUUUCCUUGUUCCCCUCCGCCACGCAACACACAGCCCUUUUCCUUUUUUUUUGCGAUUUCGACGUCCACCAAAUUGUUUUUUCUACUCCGUCAAACUCCAUUCGAGACAUUUUCUCCAACCCUCCGAAAAAAAACUUUUUAAAAAAGAAACUGCGGGAAAAACACACGGAAGAAAAAUUUCUUUUUUUGUUUUCUUCUUCUUCUUUCAUUUGGAAAUUGAAGCCUUUGCUCGUCUGUGAUACGCCCAACCACACACACUGACACACACAUACAUACACACACAAAAAACAAACAAACAACCCAACGCAAUUUCGAAAACAAAAGAAGUCGAUUUUCAGUCGCUUGUUUUCUUCCCUGGGUAGAACGAAAUCAUCGAGUUUACACACAAAAAAAACAAAAAAACUGGGAUAAAAACGUUUCUCUUCUAUUUCGAUGUUUUGAUUGUACUUGUUAAGAGCUGGCUCACCUGAUCUACACACCCAUUUACCUGACUUGGAAAAACAAAAUUUGAUUGGAAAAAACCAAAAUCCACACACUUUUUUUGUUGAUUUUUCGUUAAUUUUUUUUUUUUGGCCCACCUUAAUUUUUUUGUAAAAUCUCUCUUUAAUUAAUUCUGGAGUCGAUCUCUUGAUGCCAAGAAGAAAGCACCUGACGUGAACGAAGUUGAAAAAACAAAUUGUCCUUUUUUUUCCGCGUAUGAAUUAAAAAAAAAAAAGAAAACGGUUCGGAUCUUAUUAAUUUUUUGAAUGAAUCGAUUCCAGUUAUAUAUGCGCCGACAAACACACGCCAAUUCAGUUUUUUUUUUUUUGAAAAAGAAGCGGGAAAAAUUGCAUUACAUCUUUCUACCCCCCACCACCAACCCCCCUACUUUUUUCUUCCUUUUCCGGCUAUUGUGGUCAAAUCAAUGUGAUAUAAUAUCAAACGUUAUCCUUGUAUCCCAAUUUUUUUUUUUAUUUUUAUUAUUUUCCUCCAAAAAUUUCUUUCCUCCCUUUCUUUAUUUCUUUUGUGGUCCCAUCCCAGUUUUCUCUUGCUGCAUCAUUAUCGAAUAUAUUUCGUCUUAUGAUAUUCUAAUUACAGCUUCCCCCCAAUUUCCCCCUUGGUAUUGUUUGAAUGGACGUGAUUUAUAUAAUAUCUUCCAAGAUGCAAAAUCCCUGUACUCCCUUCCUUCCUAGAUUUAUUGUACUAGAAUUCAGACAACAGCAAAAAAUAAGACUAGAAGAAGGCUUUUUUUUUACAACAACUUCCCUUUUUUGGUGUGGUUUAUUAUUAUUAUUAUUUUCGUUUACUUCCUUCCUUCCAAAAAAUCAUUAUGCGCUCUGGUUCGGGGGGGUUAUUUUCUAUACAUACAAUUUCUUAUACAUAUUAUUAUAUACAUAUUAUUAUUAUUAUUAUUCUCCCUUUUUAAUUGUAAUCAACGUCAUUAUGGGGUCAAGGCAAAAAACAAAAGUGUGUGCGUUUGUCAUCUUCUUUCCUUCUUUCUUUGGCUUAUUAUUCGUAGUGAGAAUUCACAUGUUGUAGAUGAGGAUAUUGACAAAUGUCGUCGGCCCCCCUCCCCCACCUGUUGUAAACGUUUCAUCCGACUUGUAAAACCAAAUGUUCUUCCAUCCAAGAAAGAGAGAAAAGGACGGCGAUGAUUUUUAGACACACACCGCGAAAUGGAUGUUAUGAUCCAUUUUAUACUUUUUUUUUUUAAACCCUCCUCAUUUUGUGUGUUUUUUUGGUGGAAUAGACGCGAAGCUAAUUCCUAUAUCGAAACAGAAGAAAUGACUGAAAGAAAAAAGAAAA